AUGAAGCAAAAUUUCUUCAAAUACCUACCAUCAGAGAUCCUCACCGAUAUCCUAUUGAGACUCCCUCUUGAUGACAUUGCAACUUGCAAAUGUGUUUGCAAACCGUGGCUCAAUCUCAUCGAGACGGACUAUUUUAACAAGUCCCAUCUUUCUAAAUCCUCCCCUGCCCUAGUGGUCUCAAUGCUGACUACAAAUUCAAAUUGGUUCAAUGUUUUCAAAUUGAAUGAGAAGCUUACGCACAAGCACAAGCAGUAUUCAAUCAACAUGUUUGAUUUCCCCCAAGCAACAAAAAUACAGGGUUCUGCCAACGGUCUACUUCUUCUAAAAAAUCCAUUUCGUAAUCAUCUUUAUGUAUGUAAUCCUAUCACCCGUGAAUUUGUUGAGCUUAGUGGCCGUCUUACUCGCCCUAGAGAAGAUUGUUAUGGAAUUGGAGUGAGCAGAAUAAGUGGGCAGCAUAAGGUUGUCUAUUUCAACUCUAAAUACGGCGAAUGUCAUGUAUACACUCUUGAAUCUGGAUCCACGUGGAGGCGCGUUAAAGGUGCCAUCCCCUCCUCCGAUCGUUGUUUGAGCUCUGUUGGUGCAUUUGCUAGUGGCAAUCUCUAUUGGUUGGUUUCAAAUGGGUGGAAGAAGUUUCCUUAUGUUUGUUGCUUUGAUCUUGAAACAGAAUGUUUUAGCACAUUUCCUGUACCCCUUAAAUUCAUCGCGGAUAAAGUUAAUCCCAAGGGAAUAUGA